AUGAACGGAAAACCCACUUCGGAGGUGACGUUUUUCGACUGUUUCGAGCACAUAGUGUACCGCUUUCCGCCCAUGAAGAUGGCUCGAUGCGGAGCCUCGGCAAGCCACAUAGACGACAAGAUAUACGUGUUUGGAGGUGUGGCUGAUUCCGAUUCCGACUCCGAUUCCUCAAACUGGGCAGAGGUGUUUGAUAUCAGGGCCAAAACUUGGGAGUUGUUGCUUGUGUCUACGCCCAAGAUGCCACUCAAAAUCCAGCGAAGCGCGGUGGUGAAAGAGAAGAAGGAGGGUCAAAUCUUCCUCUUUUCACCAGGCAAACGUAUGUUUGUGGCCACCGGAAAAACAGAUUCUGAGGCACAGCACAGAAACCAUUGGUGUUCCUUUGGGCCAUACUUGUUGUGCCGUGAUUCCCGCCUCGGGAAAAUACUGUGGUGUUUCCCACACGAGUUGGAUUGGAAGGAAGUGAAGGGUUUACAAGAGCUCUGUGGUUAUGAUAUCUGCAAACUCUGCAGCAGCUGCGGUCACCAUGGUGGCCAUCUUUUCAUCCUUUGGAAAGUUCCUCAGACUUUUGAGCUUUGGUCUGCCCCGAUUUCCCUGUGGACACACGAGACACCCGAGGGACUCGAGCUUUCGGGCCGCAUUGAAUGGUACCGUCCUCUCAUCCAGCACUCCACAGACGGCGUCAACUUGGUACAUGCUGAUUUUGCCAAUACCUGA